ACAUAAAUUACACACCGGCAAUGAUAGUAUGAAACUUGAACUCGAUAUAAAGUAGAUUACUUUCACUCUGUAAUAUUCAAAAUCUAUGUUUCUUUCCCACAUACAUUCAGAAGUCUGUUAAACUCUUUCUGAAUGAAUUCGUAUUCAAUUAUAUCCAAUUUUAACAAUUCUAAGCUCUUAAGCGGUUUUCUUACAGCUCCAUUUCAUGUUCUCAUCACGAUCACUUUCUUCUCCUUUCACCCAGAACCUCCUUAUAGAUCAAGUAAUGGCUGCUAUUAUUCGUAAUCGACCGUUUGAGACAAAUGUUGUAGUCUCCAUUCCCCAACCCGUUUGGACUGUAGAAGCAGUUUCUCAAGUCUUAAGAUCAAUCCCCAGAUUCCUCUUCCAAUCCCCAAGAUCCAUGGGCCGUCAAAAGGGGUUCCGCCACCGUACCCCAUUAAAGCAAAGAAAUAUAAAAGAGGAAUUCCAUAAGGCUCGAAGGGGAGUACUCGUUCUUGGCCCAGCUGCUCAUAGAGAUCCCCGAAAUGUACAGCUGGGAUUGGAGAAAGCAUUGGAGUUUUUCCAUUGGGUUGAGAACCACUGUGGGUUCACUCACAGUGAGCUCACUUGCAGGGAAAUGUCUCUUGUUCUGGCCAAAGGAUCUAGUAAACCGAAGCUGCUUUGGGAAUUUCUCAAAAGAAUGUCGAGAAGAGGGCUUCUGACGACACCCACCAUUACGUGUUUGAUAAAAGUUCUAGGAGAAGAAGGAUUGGUAAAUGAAGCAUUGGCUACGUUCUACAGAAUGAAACAAUUUCACUUACAGCCCGAUGUAUAUGCCUACAACACUCUCAUAUUUGCACUUUGUAGAGUUGGGAAUUUCAAAAAAGCCAAGUUCUUGAUGGAGCAAAUGGAGUUGCCUGGUUUUAGGUGCUCGCCGGAUGUCUUUACGUACACAAUCUUGAUCAGCUCUUAUUGUAGGUACAGUAUGGAAACUGGAUGCAGAAAAGCUAUUAGAAGGAGAAUUUGGGAGGCGAAUCACUUGUUUCGCCUUAUGCUAUUUAAAGGAUUUGUUCCUGAUGUUGUAACUUACAAUUGUUUG